CCACGUGUGACUUCAUGUGAAGGAGAAUCAAAACCGAAUAUGCUGAAGAUGGAAGAGUCGUUUGAAAUACAGUGGGUCAUUCCGCUGAGAGGGGAAAGAGGUUCCUGUAUCUUGCCGUGACGCGCUCGCGCUGAUGUUUGUGUGUGCUCGCCGUGGCGAAGGAGAACCGAGGGGUCCACAGUACACAAAAGGAAUAACUGUCCGCAGACGCAACGUUAACGCUACUCUUCAAGAUAACGAAGCACAAUGGAUGAAGAGGAACAGUUUGUGAACAUUGAUCUGAAUGAUGACAAUGUCUGCAGUGUCUGCAAGCUAGAGACCGAAACAGGGACCAUGUCUUUCUGCCAUGUCUGCUUUGAACUCAGCAUUGAAGGUGUCUCCUCUGCUACCUUAUUGCACUCAAAGUCCUUGCGCGGCCACAGAGACUGCUUUGAGAAAUGCCACCUCAUCGCCAACCAGAAGCUGUCACGUUCCAAGGUCUCCCAAAGUGCCUACGAGGGCAUGAAGCUGGCCUUCAGCCAGAAAUUGAACCGCAUCAUCCAGUAUGCCCAGAACAAAGACUCUGUCUCCUCCAACGGCCCCAGCAGACGAGGGGCCAAGCUUCUUUGUUACAGCCAACAGAGUGACCGCAAGCUGCUGCCCCAGUCGGAUGCCCAGGUGCCCCGCUACACGCCCUGCUGGGACAGGGGCAAGGCAACAGGUUACAAGAUGGGGAUGUUGGAGUGCCACACCGUGGAUGAGCUGGGGCUGCUGCAGGAGUCACAAUCCGAUAGCUGGAAAGGUCUACGCAGCCGGAACCAAUUGUCAGGAGGAGGACAGAGACAGCACAGGCACCUGGGCCACAGCAGAGAGGAAUUGACUAAAAUGAGUGUGGACGAACUCCAUCAGCUGAACUCCCAGCUACUGAUGCAGAUUCAAAAGGUCUUUGAGGAGCUGACUGGGGCAGUGCAGGAAAAAGACUCGUUGGCAUCGGAGCUGCACGUGCGUCACAUUGCCAUCGAGCAGCUCUUUAAGAACUGUGCCAAGCUGCCCUUGCUGCACAUUAGCAGGGCCGGGGUCAAGGCCAGCAGCAGCAGCAGCGGAGGCCCUGUGGAGUGAGGUGGGGCUUCUGUUCUGUCUCUGCAGCUGUCCAGGAAGCUAGACAAACACUUCAAAGAGCCUUUAUGUAUAUUGAGUGACUUUUACGACACUAAGGUGACGUUGAGUUGUUAGAUCUGCUUUUAGAGCAGCAUUUAGGGCUGGGUUGACACGGCCUCUGUUCUCAUGGUUGCAGUGAUGAUGCAAGGAUUAAUGGUGGUUUGCAGUACAAAACAAAUUGCUGGUCUGGCAUGCGGCCUGAGUUCCACCCAUCUCAUGUAGCCAGGAUGCAUGUUAAUACCAGGUGGAAUGGGGCUCAGAGUUUCCUGGCACGGUACUCGGUGAGGACAUGUUCAUAUUGGGCAUGAUCCUUAAAGGACCUCUUUUAAGAUUGACCUUAAUAUAGACUGAAAAACAGUUUGUUUGCAUACUUUUACAGAAAUGGUUGCAGUUUUUAUUUUAUUUUGUUCAGUUUGCUGUUGAACAUUUCCAUUUUCAAUUGUUUUCAUUUUCUGUAGAUACAUUUUCAAGUUAUUUUUUUUUUACCUUCCCAUGUCAGACGUGAAUAUUCAAAUAUGGGUUUUAGCACAGCUUAAUACUCCUCUAUAUGUUAUCUGAUGGUUCUCUGUAGAAAGUGGUUAAGUACAGUAUUUUGUAACGUGGUUUGGUGCAGAAUACUUGAUGCAGAUUAGCUGGAUGAUGUCUGUCGUAUUUAUAGCACCAGCCACUGCCAGCGGUAGUGUCUGAUUACUGCUUUAGACUACUGCUUUAAUGUAAAGCAUGAACGAGGUUUUAGCUUUUUCUUGCAGCUGCACACUGGCAAUAUAAUGGUAUGAAACACACGUUUUUGACUUGCCUUCAAAGUGCCCUAAUAUCACUUGAUAGUUUAUGAAAACUGUGGUGAUCAGACUGAUUCAACAGUAAAAAAGGAAGAAAAAAAAAAGAGCAAGACAACACCCUUAAGUACCCUAUAGCAUCUCUGCAACAAAGACCGAUCAAAGUGUGAAUGUUAACAGGCUAUACUAGCUUAGCAGGGUUUUGUUUGUGUGGGUGAUAACUAUUUUGGAAGUGUCCAUAAACCAAUACUUUGUAACAGCUGGUUGUUAAGCAGAAAGUGGAAAUAUCAGUUAAUAUACCCGUGACUUAAAGUGAUAGGUAUUUUGUUUUUAGUUUAACUUUUGGAUUUGUAGUUACUAUUAAUGCUGGUGAGAUUUACUUGAUUUUUAGCACAGAUCUGUCUGUUAUAUAGCUGUGAAGCACAAGUCGUAGGUAUGGCUAUACACUGAAUGAGGGCUAUCGGAAGAAGAAAAGUUUAACUAUUGGGGAAAAAAAAGAAUCCAGCUGUCAAACCAAAGUCCGUAUUUGUUCUGUAUCACAUGUGAACUGUAAGCAUUUUACUAUUUUCCAUUAGCAGAGGAAGAUGCGAUACCAAACGGAUUUAAAAUGUAUGUGGCGUUUGUGGUUUACUCUGUUUGGUUCAGUGUGUGUAAUAAUGAACCAUAGAUUUUUUUUUUUCUCUCUCUCUCUAACUGUGUUGUUGUGGAAAUGAAUUGUUUUCAAGGGCACACAGCGUAUGUUAUAUGAUUUUGUUUUAUUUACAGUUUUCAUUUUUCUUUAAUGUGCAGUGUUAACUGUUGUUGCCCUCUCUCCUGUACUGAGCUAAGUUGAUGUCACAGCAAUACAAACAGGAUAGUUAGGUUGACUGUGCCUCUGGAGGUCCCUGACUACCGAACAAAAGGAGACAUAGGGGAUGAUAUUAACAGUCAGUGUGUUAAGCCUGCAGUUUUGGUUAUUUUGUUAUCCAGGAACCCUAUGCAAGAAAGAAACAAAUAAAUCAGAAGCCUUAUUAAAUAGGAAAUAUCUAAAAGAAUAUUGGUUAUCUGAGUUUUCCUCAGAGGAGUCUGAGUUACUCGAUUAUAAUAAAGCUGGGGAAAGACAAGGUUAUAUUCAGAUUAAUGUUUAGAAAAACUCAGAAUUGUCACCCUCUCUUUUGCUCUCUUUGUAAGAGAUUCAAUGAAUUCGACCCCUUUUAGGGUUUCAAGUUAAAGGUUUUAGCUCCAUUUUAAGCUCAUGUCUUGAUUUCUUUGGAUAACUGUAUGCUUGUGCUUGAGUGUAUUCAGAUUACUGGUCCUUAAUGCAAGUCACUCAAUCUUCAGUUGUAUGUUUGUUUUAUUUGUGUUUUAAUUAUGAAUGCUGUGUCUUUUUGUGCACUGUGGAAACAUGCCUGGGCCUGUGCCUCUGCACAGCAGAAAAUCCAGACUGCCUGGAUUUGGUUGUCUCAUUAUCUUUUACUGGAGAUGUAAGCAUACCUGUUACACUUCCCUUGGACUUGGCUCUUCCUUCAUUUGUUUUCUAACGUUGAGCAAGGCUGCAUUUGUGUUGUGUGAUGAUUCUAUUUAUUGUGUGUGUUCAUGGAACUUACACAUGCUGUGUGAUUUGUGCUUAAGUGACAGUUUGUAUCUUUUUGUAAAAUGUUUCAAUAAAAUUAUUUUUACUACA